UCCGCGCGGUCGCUGCCUCCCGCAUUCCUCGCCCGUCCAGACAGGGGCGCCGGGGGUGGGGUGGGGACGACUGGAGAGGGCCCCACGGAUGCCCCUAGGACGAGCGGCCCUAGGCCCCCAGGGAACAUGGGCGUGCUCCGGGCGGGACUGUGCCCGGGCCUCACCCAGGACAUGGUCCAGCUUUUGAAGAGCGGCGGGAUCAAGACAGUGGUGGAGCUGGUUUCUGCAGACCUGGAGGAGGUCGCCCAGAAAUGUGGCCUGUCUUACAAGGCCCUGGUCGCCCUGAGACGAGUGCUACUGGCUCAGUUCUCAGCUUUCCCUUUCAAUGGCGCUGAUCUCUAUGAGGAACUGAAAACCACCACGGCCAUCCUGUCCACCGGCAUUGGAAGCCUGGACAAACUGCUAGAUGCUGGUCUCUACACUGGAGAAGUGACUGAAAUUGUAGGCGCCCCGGGUAGCGGCAAAACCCAGGUAUGUCUUUGUGUGGCAGCAAGCGUGGCCCAUGGCCUGCAGCAGAACGUCCUCUACAUUGAUUCCAACGGAGGGCUCACAGCCUCCCGCAUCCUCCAGCUGCUUCAGGCCAGGACCCCGGACGAGGAGGAGCAGGCAGGAGCUCUCCAGAGGAUCCAGGUGGUGCGUGCGUUUGACAUCUUCCAGAUGCUGGGCGCGCUGCAGGACCUGCGAGGCGCUGUGUCCCAGCAGGUCAGCAGUUCUUCCGGGACUCUGAAGGUGGUGGUUGUGGACUCGGUCGCUGCGGUGGUCGCCCCACUUCUGGGAGGUCAGCAGAGGGAAGGCUUGGCCUUGAUGGUGCAGCUGGCCCGAGAGCUGAAGACCUUGGCCCGGGACCUCAGUGUGGCAGUGCUGGUGAGGAAGUGGGCUUGGCCAGUCAUGCUAGCCUUCUCUCUGGUCCCUGGACUUCACCAAGUGGGGAGGUGUUCUUUCCAGGUGACCAAUCACAUGACCCGAGAUAGGGACAGCGGGCAGCUCAAACCUGCCCUGGGACGCUCCUGGAGCUUUGUGCCCAGCACCCGGCUUCUCCUGGACAGCACCCAAGGCUCAGGAUCUCUGGGCAGCCACCGCGUGGCAUGUCUGACCAAAUCCCCCCGCCUGCCAACAGGUUGCCAGGAGACGGUGGACUUAGGGAGCUGGGGGACCCCAGCGUUCCAGGGAGAUCACAAAGGACAUUGGGAGCAGAGCCCAGUGUUCCAGGGAGAUCACACGUGACGGUGCUGUUGAUGGGGGAAGGGGCAGGCCACUAGGCCCCCAACUCACCUGCACAGUAAUGCCUGCUGCUCACUGCCGGCAGCCCCGCUCCCUUGCUGGGAAGCCAUCUCACCCUCAGCUCCUCUCUCUGGAAACACAGUGCUACUGGCAAGAGAGGAUGCUGUUGUGGAAGGACCCAGAAAUUCAUGCUGGUACCAAGUUUUCUUCCCUUGUUUCUACCACGUGCGUUUCCAGUGGGAGCCAGGUUCAUGGACUUGGACAUCUCUGAAGAGGCACUCUGGUGCCUGGACGGAUUAACCCUGUACAUCACCAUCCUACCCUCCAUCCUGACACAGUGACUGAGCUUGAGGCCUCUGGCUUGCCUUUGUUUCCCUUCUUUUAUUUUUUUUCUUUGCCUCUGUUUUUCCAUCUGUAAGAUGGGGCUUCUUUCCCCCUAACUCUUUCUUUGACUUACUGGGUGGAAGUAACCUUGUAAAUGUAACCCAUGUUGUGUGCUCAAUUGUGUCUGACCCUUUGCGACCCCAUGACCACCAGGCUCCUCCGUCCGUGGAAUUUUCCAGGCAAGAAUACUGGAGCAGGUUGCCAUUUCUCCUCCAGGGGAUCUUCCCAACCCAGAAAUUGAACCCAUAUCUCUUGGCGUCUCUUGUGUUGGCAGGUGGAUUCUUUACCACUAGUGCCAAAACUCUUCCUUAUCUAGAUCCUGCUCUUAAAAACAUAUUAAUACAAAAGAAAUUCACUGAGCUGCAGAAUCAUCUGUUUUCCCCCAGACAGUGGCUUUUCAGUCACCGAGUGAGGCCCCAGAGAACCCCUGUUCCUCUUUCCCUCUUGUCGGUUUGGUUUCAGACACCUGCAUGUGUCACCGUGACCAGGUGAGACCGGGAGCUCACUGCAGUCCCAGGGAUAUAAUCUAACAGGAAGGGAAGAUGUGACCUGGCCCCAGUGAAUCCAGCUGCCUGUUAAACGUGCAUGGUGCUCUGUGGGGCCCCUCCACGGUACAGAGUAAGCCGAGGUGCUGAACCAUGGCCUUGCCCAUAAACGGGAGAAUUUGCAGUCAGUAGAGCCAGCUGGGAAAAUUGAUGGUGGCGUAAAUGAUACACGGCAAAUCUAGUCCUUUAUGUAGAAAUUCAUUGCCGGUGGCUCCAAGAUGCAAUGUAAUUACCCUUCUCUUCCUGCCAGCUGUACCACAGUGUAUGAAAUAGUCCCCCCACCCCCGCCCUGCCCUGGUCUGUUACGGGUGCUGUGACCAUUUCUCUGCGAGCUGUAGCCCCGGCUGGGUGGAGGGGAGGACAGCAGGGAGGGAGAAAUCAAAGGCAGAACAUGAUCAGGAUUGUUUACUGACCACAUUUUUUUAAAGGAAGGUUGCCUUUCUUGGUUUGAGAGCCUGUUGUGUAGUUAAUUAGUUGUGUCUUGGCUGCAGGAAGCGGGGUCAGAGUUAGAGGCAGAAGAUAUAACAUUUACAGAUGAUGAGCACAGGAGGGAUAAAAGGAAGAGGUCUGGAGGACUGAGAGCAAGUGGCAACCCAGCCCUAGGGUAUGAGUGAGGACAGGCUUGGUGAGCCAAGACUGGAGGAACCCUGGCGCUGGUGCUUCCACAGGCUCUCGGGAGAAAUGAGCCUGCGGCCUCCUUGCUAGGAGCAGUGAGUACAUAAUGGCAGCCUUGUGCAUGCAAGCGAAGUUGCCUCAGUUGUGUCUGUUGCGACCCCAUGAACUGUAGCCCACCAGGCUCCUCUGUCCAUGGGAUUCUCAAGGCAAGAAUACUGGAGUGGGCUGCCAUUUCCAAGGGAUCUUCCUGACCGUAGGACUGAACUCCUGUCUCUUACAUCUCCUGCAUUAGCAAGUGGAUUCUUUGUGACUCGCGCCACCGAGGAAGCUCAUUGCAACCAUAGUAGCAAACAGAAUGUUAAGCUGGGGAUGGCACAUCCCUGUCAUUUGUACCAUUUGGGGAUC